GAGUGUGAGUGAGGUGAGCACACAACUUCAGCUGGGACAGCAACAAACGGACCCACCAGUGUUUCCAAGUGGAUCAGAGGAGACCAGAGGCAGACCCGGACCCGGCGAUCUGAGACCUGGACCAUGUUUGGACCUGGAGAAACUUCAGCCAUGAUGUUGUAAAAAAAAAAAAAAAAAAAAAAAAAAAAAAAAAAAAAAAAAAAGGCUGUUAAAGCUGUUGGUGUGUUUUCAGGACAAACUGGGGUUGAAUUAAGGCUUUUCUCACACUGUGCUUUGGUGACUGUUAGUUCCGGAUGCUGUGAAGAUGACGGUGACCUGAUCCGCAUCCCACGGACCCACUCGUGUCUUUGCAGCCACUUGCUGUAAAUGCAGUGUGUGUGAUCCGGUUGCACAGCUGCAGUGACCGGGGAGCUGAAGGCCAGUGCGCGCAGGGGUCCGCGGAGCCCAGCCGGGAUGGUGCGCCUGCUCAGCUGCCUGCUGCUGGGAUAUCUGACCUGGAAUCUGCGGAUAUCGGACGCGCAAGGGGAGUACUGCCACGGGUGGCUGGACUCUAAUGGGAAUUAUCACGAUGGUUUCCAGUGUCCGGAGGACUUUGACACCUUGGACGCCACCGUGUGCUGCGGGUCCUGCUCCCUGCGCUACUGCUGCGCGGCCGCGGACGCACGACUGGACCAGGGCAGCUGCACCAACGACAGGGAGGUGGACAACACUGAGUUCGCUGCGCAACCCGUGUACGUCCCGUUCUUGAUGGUGGGCAGUAUCUUCAUAGCCUUCGUGGUGGUGGGCUCUCUGGUGGCCGUGUACUGCUGCACCUGCCUGCGGCCCAAACAGCCCACCCAGCAGCCCAUCCGCUUCAGCCUGAGGAGCUGCCAGGGAGAGACCAUCCCCAUGAUCCUCACCACGGCGCCGCCCAGCCUCCGCGCCCCGUCCCGACAGUCCAGCACGGCCACCACCAGCUCUAGCUCAGCCGGCGGCGGCAGCUCCAUGCGGCGGUUCUCCCUGGGGGGUCAGGGCCAACAGCAGCAGCAGCAGCAGCAGCAGCACGGCUGUCUGGUGUCGGCCACCGUGUCCUCCUCAGCCUCCACCCCCACCCAGAGCCCCCAGACUCUGCCCCCGCCUCCUCCCCCGCCUUACACCUCCCCCCCAGCUCCCAUCCAGCACCCACACCCUCUGCCCUCCAGUCACACCCACACCCACACCCAGCUGCAGCUCCACCAGCCCUCCAUGGCGCCCCAGGGUGCCGGCUUCCUCCUGCCCCAACAGUACUUCUUCCCCCUGCAGCCAGACGCCUUCACAGCCGCCAAGGGCUUCGCUGACUUUGGACAAAGCUGACAGUGGGAAAAUAAAUGUACAACAGAACAGUGAGGCAGCGCAGACAAACACCCGACGGCGGUGUUUAGGUGGAGAGUCUGAAGGCUUUAAACAGACACAGAGCCACAAACAAAGUAUCACAAAGCUGCUGUGGAUGAAGAGUGUGGCCUGAGGCUUCGUCCUUCUGCUUCACACACCAACAGUCGUCACAUCAGAUGCACUUUUGUACCAUAGUGUAAACAGACUUCUCUGGACUCUAUUAUAUUUUUAUUAGUGCUGUUUUUAAAACAGCGGUUUACAAUACAGACAAAAAUCUCACCAUUGUAUCAGACUUUUCUCAUAAAGACAAUGACAGUCACAUGGAACUGUUAAGGUCACUGCGGGGUUUGUUUAUAUUAGAGAUAGACGGUGGAAACCAGGGAAUUGUGUUUUUGACAAUCGUGAAGACCUCUUAUAAAGGGGGGGGAGGACCUGAUACACAAAGGACAUGGGUGUUGGAAUAAAUGUGGACUUUAUUAAUGUUGUACAGGCUUUAUACCCACAGUGGGGUUGUCAUAAUGAUUCCCAAUUUGACACAAAUAAAACGUCUCUUAAUACUU